AUGGUUAGUAUGAAAUCCUUCAUUGCUGUGUUCGCCUUCGUCGCCUUUGCCACUGCUGAUGUAAGCCAUGUGCUUAAUAGCAAAUAUUUGCCACCUCAUCAUGAAUCAGCUUCGACUCCUGUAGUUCAUACACAUAGUGCUCCAGCAGCUACCUAUAGCGUGGCUGCCUCGGCUCCAGCGGUAUCCUACACUGCCCCAGUUUCGCACACAUACUCGGCUCCUGCUUCUACCUACACUGUGGCUGCCUCAUCUCCGGCUGUUCAUUAUAGUGCACCAGCUGUAUCUUAUAGUGCUCCCACAGCUUCAUAUAGUGCUCCAGCAGUUUCGUAUAGUGCUCCUUCAGUCUCCUACAGUGCUCCAGCAUCGACCUUCUCAGUGGCCGCCUCUGCCCCAGCUGUGCAAUACUCUGCUCCUGCUGUGCAAUAUUCUGCUCCUGCUGUGAAAUACACUGCUCCUGCUGUACAAUAUUCAGCACCCGCUGUUCACUAUUCUGCACCUGCUGUUCAGUACACUGCUCCAACAACCUUUACAGCUCCAUCAUCCUCUUUUUCCUUUUCCGCACCAGCUACCACCUCUUCCUUCUCGGCUCCAGCUUCUACAUACACCGUGGCUGCUUCCACUCCCAGUUUCUCUGUGGAAAACUUUGACACCUCUGCCACUGUUCCUGGCCAUACCUUCUCUGCCACCGAUGGUUACCGUUACAAGACCAAUAAGCGCACCUCCCGCCAUCGUCGUGAUGUAAGCACUGAAUAUUUGCCCCCUGUAAGUGCUGCUUCGACUCCAUCCAACGAAUACUUGGCCCCAGCACCCACCUACAACUCAGUUUCGUACUCAGCUCCAGCUGCUGUUUCCUAUUCGGCUCCAGCUGCUGUUUCCUAUUCGGCUCCUGCUGCUUCUUACGAAUCGUACAACACCGCCGCCUCCAUUCCUUCCCAUUCAUACUCUGAAGCCGAAGGCUAUCGUUAUAAGACCCAACGUCGCCGUGUCUUGAAGACUUCUCGCCACAAUGAGUGCAACAUUGACAAAAAAUUACUCAUUGCUUUGGCCCUGGUCGCUGCAGCAGCCGCCCAGCUCUCAAAUGACUAUUUGCCACCUCUGCCCGGUGACAGUUAUGACAUAGCAGGUUCAGCGCCUACCCAAUCCUAUCUGCCACCUGUUGCUGCUCACGAAACUGCAGCGGCCUCAGCUCCUGCACCUGCUCAUACAUACUCCGAUGCCGACGGCUAUCGUUAUAAAACCCAACGUCGUCGUGUUUACAGAACUUACCGUCGCCAUCGUCGUGAUGUUUCUCAAGAAUAUUUGCCUCCAUUAGCUUCUAACCACAUUGAAGUGGCCUCAACACCCACCGAUGCCUAUUUGCCUCCUGUCGAGUCCUACAAGGUUGAGGCUUCCGCUCCAGCUCACUCCUAUUCCCAAGAUGAUGGCUAUCGUUACAGGACUCAACGUCGUCGCGUUUUCAAGACCUAUCGUCGUCAUCGUCGCGCUAUUGCCAGCGAAUAG